AUGGAGAGAUCCGAAAAAGUGUUCUGUUAUAAUCCAUAUGCGGAGGAGAUUCUCAAUCUUCCUGAUAUAGAUAUCAGCUUCAAUAGAUCUACAUUCUCCUCAAUUCCAACUUUGCCAGAUUGUGUUUUCUUUGUCUUGUAUAGUUCGAAGGGUUGCGAUAGAAUCCGUAUUAGCAUUUGCCAUCAUGGUGAUCUACAAUGGACAACAGAUACUUAUGAUGGGCUUUCACUGGCAAUAGAAGAUGUGGUUUACAGCUAUGGAACUUUUUAUUGUGUUUUUAGCGGUGGAGUGUUGGGGGCAUACUCUGUUUCUUUUCAAGAGUGGAAAUUACUUACAGGUAUGGGGCCAAUCACAGGCAUAACAUUUCGAUCCAGGAUCCAAAUGGUCGAAUCUGAUGGGGACCUUUUGUUGGUAUGUCCCUCUGAGAGCUUUCAUAUUUUCAGGUUUGAUUGGUCACUGAUGGCUUGGGUCAAGCAAAAUAGCUUAGGGAACAAAGCAUUACUGCUUGGUUGUACUUCGUAUUCAGUUUCAGCAGUGAAAGAAACAUCAGCUUUAGCGGACAGGAUCUAUUAUCAUGGUGACAAGACCACUUGGUUCUAUUCCCUCGAGACCCAUAAACAUCACAAAUGUUCUGAAUUCUAUCCUUGGGUGACUCAGCGAGCGACAGAAAAAAUCUGGAUUGAACCACCUCAGGUUUAG